CCAUCUUCCCUCUCCCAUACUGUCUCGCUCUCUGUUUCGGUCCCGAGAAAAUUCUGAUACACCCAUUCAUGUAAUCAUGGAAUAGUCAAAAUGGAUUAUGGAUCUUUCGCCAAUAAAUUCUUUUCAAACAACCGAGAAGAGAUGGGGAGUGCAUCAUCCAUGCUGACUCAAUAUGACAUCGAGGAAGUCCAAGAAUACUGCAAUAAUUUAUGUAGAUUUUCCCAGGAGGAAAUAGUGGCCUUGUAUGAAAGAUUUUGCCAACUUGAUCGUAAUGCCAAGGGAUUUAUAUCAGCAGAUGAGUUCUUAUCUGUUCCUGAGUUUUCUUUGAAUUCACUUUCUCAGAGGCUGCUUAAGAUGGUGGAUGGUUUGAACUUUAAAGACUUUGUGGCCUUCUUGUCUGCAUUUAGUGCCAAAGCAAGUUCACAGCAAAAAAUAGAACUUAUCUUCAAAGUAUAUGAUUCAGAUCGUAAUGGAAAGGUGUCUUUCAAAGAUAUGCUGGAAGUCCUAAAAGAUCUGUCUGGUCCAUUCAUGUCUGAUGAACAGAGAGAGCAAGUCCUGAGCCAAGUUCUAAAUGAAGCAGGGUAUUCAAAAGACUCCUACUUGACAUUGGAUGACUUCAUUAAGGUUCUUGGCGGUUCAGGCUUAAAAAUGGAUGUUGAAAUUCCUGUUGAUUAGAGUAGCCUGCGAUUUUCUCAGCUUUCUUAAGAAACAAAAAUUGGACAUCAUGUUACACCCAAUCCUUGUAACAUAGUUCACAUUGAAAUGAAAGCACACAACUACCAAUGUUCAUUUUUAUCUUGGGAAUCAGAUUUUAAUUGCCUCGUA